GGUAUCACACUUAAAGAAAUCUUUUUUCAUGUAUAAAAAAUCGCUUACCUAUAAUUAUUUUUUAUUUUUGCGUGGGAAUAUUGUUAGCCAUAAACAAAUCAUAGUAAAGACUUAUUAACGCAUUGUGAUAAUAACGUGUACCCCAAAAUGGCUUCAGACUUUGAAAACGGGGUAAAAUCGUGCAUAAGAAGUUUGUUGACGUCGACUCCACUGGUUUUGACUGUUAGAAAAUUGCAAAAUGACUACAAAAACACAAUUGGCGAAGACAUUCCCGUCCAAAGAAUGGGGUACUCUAAUUUGGAACACUUCCUCAAGUCCAUACCUGACACAUGUUCUGUUAAUGGAUAUGGCCCCAAUGCAUCAGUAUUGCCAAUUGUAUCAGAGAAGACGGCUCAUAUUAAUGAGAUGGUUACCAGACAAAAAGUUACCAUAAAGGGGCCAAUGAAACGAUAUAUGAUGGCGCGGCCCAAAAACACCCCCAUUAGAAAAAUGCAAUACCCCUCUCAAAUGCCAUAUAAACAACCGCCAACACCAGUCGAACCCCCCAAAAAACCACCCCCUCUUUUACACACAAUAAUCGGAGCCCCUGUUAGGUAUGAAAAUGGUGUUGCGCCAUCACCAAAUGUAAAUAUAAAUAAGCCGGUUGUCAAAUGCGAGCCAAAACCAGAAAUAAGUAUUCCCUAUAAAAGUACAGUGGAUAAAAGUUCAGUGUCUGUGGUUAAAGAUAAGGAUACUAGAAGUAGUAAAGUGCUUAAAAAUACCAGUUCAAAACAUGUGAAUGUGCCGGAAUGUAUGCAAAAUGAACUGAAAGAGAUUAUUUCAAAGUUUCCCGAUGGUAUUUGGUGCUCAGAUUUACCCACAUAUUACAGGAAAAGGUACAAUAGAAAACUAGACUACGAAAUUUACGGCUACAGAAGACUUAUUGAUUUGUGCAUGGAUUUAUCCGGGAUAUUUCAUUGUCAUCAACCCGGAAUGUGCGAUUAUAGGCUGUAUGAUAAAACUAAGCCACUGCCUUUAGAGGCCAGAAAGGAUAACAAUUUGUUUGAUGAGAUUUCUGAGGUUGAAGAGUCCAUCGCUCAUUUGGAUUGGUUAGACUGCAGUCCGCUUAUUCCGAGCGACGUGUGCAAGGUGGGCCACAUAAUUUCGAAAGGUUUCGUACCGGAAAAUACCAAAGAAAACGAGCAGAUCCGGGUGGUUGUCGUGGAAAUAUACGACCCGUCAAAGUUUUGGAUUUACCUGUACAAUUCGCCUCUGGACCGGAUGAUGAACGAAAUGCAGGUUUUUUAUCAGGCCCAAAAGGAUGAGUACCUUAUACCGGAAUUUUUGCUGGUGGACGGUCUGUAUUGCGUUCAGGUCAUCUACAAUGAGUACCACAGAGCUUUAAUUGUUGAUACAAUGCCAGAUGUCAAGGGACAAGUUAAGCUGUUGUACAUUGACUACGGAACUCUGACGAAAGCGCCCUCGCAGGGAAUUUGCUUUCUGCACAGGAAGUUUGCCCAAAUUCCCUGGCAACAAAUAAGGUGCAGACUUGCAAACGUCGUCCCUGUAGAGGAUAUGGGGCCUUGGCCCCAAGAGGCCAGGCAGAGAUUUUGCCAGUUAAUCAAGGGCAGGGACCUGGAGGCCAAAAUUAGCUCCAUUGACUGGAAGGAAAAAAUUAUCGAAAUAUUUCUGGCCGACGUGACUGACCAAAAAAUAUUUUAUAUAAAUGACGUUUUAGUCGACGAAGGAUUCGCGCUGACCAGCGAUAAGGAGCGCCUCCCACGCAAGCUCAAACUAACCGCGCAACCGAUCGUAAAAAACCUGCACCUGUUUCCGACGUUCGACGAACUUGAGUACGGACUUGCCCCGAACGGCGCGCAAAUGUCGGGCUUCCACGAGUGCGAGGUGCCCCUCAACUUCUGCAUGCCGCAGUACUUCAAAACGAGCGCCGAGGAGAAGGGGGUGGCGCAAAGGCACGCCAGGCUCUUGGAGAGUGCGGGAGUGGACGGUUUUUCCACACCGAUCUUGCACGACUAUGAUAUCGAUGUCGUGAGGAGUGUUUCGGCGGAUUUUGACGCGUUUGGUGACUACGGGGAAAGUGUGCGUAAAGAGUUGGAGGAGUUGGGGUAUUUUCUGGAGGAGUGGGAGGAGGAGGAAGAGGAAGAUAAUGUCGUCGAAAACGUUAUCGAUAGUAACUACGCUUUAUCCACGAAACUUUUGGAGGAUCUCGACUUAUCAGAUGCUACGGAAUAUGCAUCUGACAAUGACGAUUUCCUGCUGAAAACUUCCAACUUGGACUUCGACAGCAUAAACCUCGAUACAAUCAAAGAAUUCAUCCCGAACGGCGUGGAAAAAAAAACCAACCCCUUCCUAAACUUAAACCUAGACCUCCCGGAGGAUUACAAUGAUUUCGGGGUGCAUAACCCGAGUGAGGAGAAGAAGAAAAAAAACACGAACCCCUUUUUGCCCAGCGACCCCUCGACCUCCUCCUCGUCGUCGUCCUCCUCGUCUUCCGAUGGGGAAACGUGCUCGGCAACGGUGGAAACUGUGAGCUUGAUACGCGGCAACGGCGCGAUUCGGUACGAGGGCUUCGAGUCGACUUCUUCGACGGGGUCGCCGAAGAGGAAUUCGACGUCCGGGGAGAGUCUGGUGGAGGUGGAGGAGGUGAAAAGGUCGCCGCCGGUGGUUCUGCCGCCCCCGGAGACUAUCACGACCGGCGGUUUUAGGAACGCGGUGUGCGGUUAUCAGCCGCGGCCGCAGCAUUUUAUGCCGGCAGCGAGCGUGGUUUACAAUAGUGUGCAACAGUACACCUUCAUGGAUCCUUACAUGCAAAGGCCUGCACCAGGUUUCCCGCCCGCAAACAACAUGAUGAUGCCGCCACAAAGCGGCUACGGGAUGCCGCCCCUGGGAAGCGGAUAUUUUCCGUUCUGCCCCCCCAGGCCCCAAUUCCCCCCGCAAAUGCCCCGCCAUCCGCCGAUGCCGCCCCCGGGAUUCCCCCCCUUGGCCAAUAACAACCCCUUCCCGGCUUGGAGCAACAUCGACAUGCUGAGCGACGACAGGGAAGAUUUUUAUACGCGCUACAAUCAGCAGAUUUUACAGAAACAGGCCGCCAACAAAAAUUAAUUCCGAACACUCGUUUUAUUUGUUAACAAUUGUUUUGUUUUAUUAUAAUAAGGACAAUUUUUAUGUUUAUUUUUACAGUACAAAAUAAAUAUUUUCGUAUUAUGUAUAUUACAUGAUAUAAAUAAUAUAAACUUUGACUUUCAUUUUCACACAA